GGUCAGUCAGUCGCUGCGAGCGCAGAGAGGCGGAGUGAGAGCCGAGCUCGAAUCAGGAGUAAAGAGAGCCGGAGAGCCGCGCUCCGCUGUUCCCCGCGGUGCUUUUCGCUGAAUGUUAUUAUUGCUUUCUCGGUUUUACAUUUUUCUUUUCCACUUGGAAGUACGUCCUCCGCUCCCGUUUGGCAUCAGAAGUGAGAGCUUCGAUAAAGAGCCGAGGGCGCGCGGCUGCCACUUUUGGUGAACGGAUUUUCCCCUUUUGAUUCUUCGUCUUAUUUUCUGCAUUUGGAUUAAUUAAUUUUUCCAGGAGAUGGCAAGUUGUUCCCUGACAGAAGCGGGGAUCUGGUGCUGAAGCUCGCAGGAUGCUGGGGACCCCACAACAACCAGAUCCCAUACUUUGAGACAAUUUUCGGUCAUUUUUGUCUCUGUUGGACGUAAUCCUAUCUGGACGUUUUCCCCUCCCGUUUGUCUUUAUUUUCUUCCACAGAAUGUCUGUGUUGAACAGUCUAAGGAUGCGUGGUGGAUUGCUAUUGUUCCUUUUUACCCAAGUCAUCUCGGUUGCUCCGUUGACUCAGACUGAUAAAUGCGGGGGGAACAUAGAGAUACACGCCGCGGACUACCUGACCUCCCCGGGCUAUCCCGGCGCCUACCCGCCCUCCCAGCAGUGCGUGUGGGUGAUAACAGCCCCUGAGCCCGGCCAGAAGAUUCUCAUCAACUUCAAUCCGCAUUUCGAUCUGGAGGACCGAGACUGCAAGUACGACUACGUGGAGGUUUACAAUGGCGGCGACGAGCUUUCGCCCAUGUCGGGAAAGUUUUGCGGGAAGAUCGCGCCGUCUCCGAUCGUCUCCAGUGGCAGUCAGCUCCUCAUCAAGUUCGUCUCUGACUACGAGACGCACGGGGCGGGAUUCUCGGUGCGCUACGAGGUCUUCAAGACAGGUCCAGAAUGUUCCAGGAACUUUACGGCACCCAGGGGCGUCAUCAAGACACCGGGCUUCCCCGAGAAGUACCCCAACAACCUGGAAUGCACCUUCAUGAUCUUCGCCCCCAAGAUGUCUGAGAUCGUGGUGGAGUUCGACAGCUUCGACAUGGAGCCUGACACCACGCCGCCGCCAGGCGCCGUCUGCCGAUACGACUGGCUGGAGAUCUGGGACGGCUUCCCUGCAGUGGGUCCCCACAUUGGCCGGUACUGUGGCCAGACGUCCCCUGGCCGUGUGAUCUCCUACACUGGCAUCCUGUCCAUGACCAUCACCACUGACAACGCCAUCGCCAGAGAGGGAUUCUCUGCUAACUACACCAUCCGAGAGAGAAGCCUCCCCCCGGGACACGAAGACGAGGGUUUUGCUUGCAUGGAGCCACUCGGUAUGCAGUCGGGGGAAAUUUCCUCAGACCAGAUCAGCGCCUCCUCCCAGUAUAACUCCAACUGGUCCCCUGAACGCUCACGUCUCAACUACCAGGAGAACGGCUGGACGCCCUCCGACGACACCGUCAGGGAGUGGAUACAGGUGGACUUGGGAUUUGUCCGAUUUGUCACCGCCAUCGGGACGCAGGGAGCAAUCUCAAAAGAGACAAAGAAGCAUUACUUUGUCCGCUCAUACAAAGUGGACCUGAGCUCCACCGGAGAGGACUGGGUGACCGUGAAGGAGGGCUCAAAGCAGAAGAUCUUCCAGGGGAACAGCAACCCGACGGACGAGGUUCGCUCCUACCUCCCCAGACAGACUCUGGCUCGUUACAUCCGCAUCAGGCCCUCGUCCUGGGAGCAGGGAAUCUGUAUGCGCUUUGAGAUCUACGGCUGCAGGACGUCAGACUACCCAUGUUCAGGGAUGCUGGGGAUGGUGUCAGGUCAGAUCUCAGACGCUCAGAUCAGCGCCUCGUCGUACGCCGACCGGGGCUGGGUGGCUGAAAACGCCCGCUUAUUGACCGGGAGAUCGGGCUGGACCGGGCAGCAAACCAAGCAGCCCUUCAGGAAUGAGUGGCUGCAGGUGGAUCUGGGCCAGGACAAGAUGGUGAGCGGCGUGGUGAUCCAGGGAGGGAAACACCGCGACAGGAACGUCUUUAUGAAGAGGUUUAGGGUGGGCCACAGCCUGGAUGGAGAGGAGUGGACCAUCGUCAAGGAGGACAACACCACCAAGCCCAAGAUGUUCAUCGGGAAUCAGAACCACGACACUCCAGAGCUGAGGUCAGUGGGUCCCCUCCUGACCCGCUUCGUCAGGAUCUACCCAGAGAGAGCCACCAACGAGGGCCUGGGGCUCCGACUGGAGCUGCUGGGCUGUGAACUGGACGACAUUACAACCCCUGCCCCUUCCACCACGCCCAUCGCUUCCACGUUUCCCAUGACCACGUUUGGAGCCACCACCACAGCGCCGACCACCGUGCCCGGCACGACCCCGGCUACGGACUGUGAGGACGGACAGCAGGAAUGUGGUGGCGAGACCGAGGCCCCUGACGACUACGACAUAGUGACAGCAGGAGGCACCACAGGGGUCGACCCCAUCAUGGACUUCAUACCAGCGUACGUGUGGUUCGCCUGCAACUUUGACUUCUCGUCGUACUGCGGCUGGACCAAAGAGACCGGGACGGGGGCUGAGUGGCUCAUCCAGGCCAACGGGGCUCCUGCCAUCCACAGAGGACCGACGCUCGACCACACAGGUGGACCGGGGAACUUCAUCUACAUGCAGCUGAGCGAAACAGAUACACCAAGCAAAACAGCUGAAGACGAUGAUGAGGAGGAGAAGGUGGCCAGGUUGGCCAGCCUGCCCAUCACUGCGACGGACGCCGACCUGUGCAUGUCCUUCUGGUACCACAUGUUCGGUGAACACGUGGGGGCGCUGCACAUCAAGCAGAGGAAGGAGGCGGAGGGCGGGCAGAUCCUGUGGACGGUCAGCGGUCACCAGGGCAGGCGGUGGAGGGAGGGACGAGUUUUACUGCCACACUCGACAGUCUCAUAUCAGGUGAUUGUGGAGGGCGUCGCAGACAGACGCAGCGCCGGUCACAUCGCUGUGGACAACAUCCACAUCAUGGAUGGACUCCAUGCCGAGGACUGCAAGGAUCCAGACGCUCCUACGUCUCCACCAACUGAGAUCUUUAUCCUACCGAUGGACUCUCUCUCACAGGACAACAGCGAGCUCGGCGGUCCCGGCAACAUGCUGAAGACCCUGGACCCCAUCCUCAUCACCAUCAUCGCCAUGUCCGCGCUGGGCGUCUUACUGGGCGCCAUCUGCGGCGUCGUCCUGUACUGCGCCUGCUCUCAGGGCAGCAUGACGGACAGGAACUUAUCUGCCCUGGAAAACUAUAACUUUGAGCUGGUGGACGGAGUGAAGCUAAAGAAGGACAAGAUGAACGGACAGACUAACUACUCAGAGGCGUGAGGGAAACAGAGAGGCGGAGCUGCGAUUGCUCCUCACGGACACAUGAUGCAGCCAAUCAAGAGGGAGGAACACAGGGCUGAAGCCACCAAUGGGACGGCAGGGUGGGCUGGAAGUGAGCCAAUGUAAUUUUUUUUUUCUCAGGAGCGGCAGUUGAAGGGACUGACCUGUAGGGGGCACUGUGUAUAAAGAAUCUGUACAGCAAAAAAAAAAAAAGAAAGAAAGAAAAAAGAAAAUUAAGGAUUCUAUUUGUUUUUUUGGUGUGCUUUGUUGAUUUCAUGUUAUCACAUGCUGGUGUUGAGACCAAUUCAGAUGAAAGUAUCAUUUGUGUACUUUUAUGGAAAGACAAGAUUAGAUUUUUUUUGUUUGUUUGUUUGUUUUUCCUGUCUGUUUUUCAGAUGUUUUUCACAGGAAGAGCAGAGUGUGUGUGUGUGUGUGUGUGUGUGUGAAAACUGCUAUUCUGAUAUUUGGCUCUUUAGCUGGCCAUAUGUCCCUGUUUGUGUGUGUGUGUGUGUGUGUGUGUGAGAAAACGUGUGUGUGUGUCACACUCAUAUACAUCUACAUUUGAGGUGUGUAUGUGUCUCGCUGUAGGUGUGAUUGUGUAUAUAUGAAGUGCAGCCAUCUUUCUUUGUGUGUGUGUGUGUGUGCAUGUGCGUGUGUGUGUGUGAAGGCGGGUACCAUCGUGACCUGUGUCUGGUUCCAACAGUGCCUUUUGUUUUCCUCCAACUUUUCUGUUGCCUUGUUUUCUGCUGGUUGUUUUCCCAUCGGCUGGCGUUUCCGUCCAGGGUUCCUACACGUGUGGAAAAGUGCUGAAAAUUAGCAUUAGCAAUUUGCACUUUUCCAGACUGAGAUUAUAAAGCUACAUAUUUUUUAGAGUUGUAGUGUGCUGUCUAAUAUCUCAUGCGUUGGUGUAGAUCUGAAGAUCUUCUUGCCUUGGUGACACAGAUUGAAAUGUUUAGGUCAAAGUUAAGCAGUGAACGUUUAGGUUUUGGAAAGCUUUGGAAAAACUCUGGAAUUUCAUAAUGGAAAAUGUGUAGGAGCCCUGAAUGCCUCAUUUUCAUGGCACAUGACACAUCCAACAUAUUGUACAUAGGUUUUAAUAUAUUUGAGCGCCCUUUUCUAUAGAAAAGACACCAGUGCCGCAGUAUCCUUUCUAUGUUGGAAUCACACUCGCCCCAAAAUUCAGAAAAUGUACAGAAAAUAUUAGUUUUAACAGACUGAGGCAACUAAUCUGUGGUUUGUGUUUCUUUUACAAACGCGAUCUGCUUGCCGUUUUGUUUGGUUUCUGAUUGUACUCUGGGAACGGGAACAGCAAUGUAAAACAUGACUUUGUGUUAAUGGAGAAAUGCCUCAUGGGAAAUGGUGUUCUUGUACAGGGUAAAACACGCAACCUCAGCACCACAGAGACGAUGACGGCACGUCAUGAAUGGAUCAUCGGAGCCGAAAUAUUUUGUAAUACUGCAAACUUUUCUCACUGGCACACAAAAUGACUGUGAAACCUUUAACCAGAAGUGUGUCCAGCAUCCGAAGGACUUCAAGUGUCUCUCUUCGGGUCCAUCGGCGUCUUUUAUUGUCCUCCGCAGAAUGAGGACGCUCUGAAGGCUGACUGACCUGACUGCAGAAACGAGAACUGAUCUUUGCUAUGACAAUGCUGUACUCUCUGUCCUGUGUUGACUAUCAGAGGAGAAAUCUUUGAAGGUUCUUUACUGAAGCAAAAACGAUGUUCAACAGCAACAACAACCCAGGAGGUGAUGAACUGCAGCCGAACAGACUGUCCAGUUCCUACCUCGCUUUUCCACUUCCUUUGAGCUAAAGCGGCCUGGCGAUGGCACACGCAAUUAAUUCACAUUUUCAUAUCAAGGAUGAGUUUACCAGUUAAUCAGAGCAGAGACCCCACAGAAGUGUCUGGUAGAAACAUGAGGCUCAUUAAUGUUUAAAAAAUCUGAAAAUUGGGUUUUCUAAAAGGUCAUCUGCAGUGAAAGAAAAAAAAUGUUUUAUUUGCUCUUCAGCAGCGCAAUUUGCAUUUUCAUCCCCAUUUUACUUACCUUUAAUCUCUAUUUGCAGGAUCAUUUUCCUGUUGCACUGCACUGUGGAAUCCAACUAAUUUUUAAUGUAGCAUUAAGUGGCAUCUCGUCAGCUCAAAAUGUGAAGUGAGGCUGUUUGUCAGUAGUCCGCAUGGCAUCGGUUAUUUCCUUUAAGACGAGCUGAUUUUGUCGUAAAGGAAAUCCGCCUCCUCAGUCGGUUCUGAGAGAACAUUUCCAAUCAAGUUAAGGUGCUCACUGUUAGCUCUCGAAAAUCACGCUCAUUCGGACGUCUUUGUUUUUCCUCAGCAAAAUAUCCAGCACACACAGCAAAAGAAGCAGAGAGACGUCCAUAAAGCUCGGUCCCCUUUAAACAAGAAAGGAUGCUGCAGCACUAGAUGUAAAAACAAAUGUUGCACUGAUAUAUUUAAAAAAAGUCUGUGUUUAUGAUGUUGAUUUAUGAAAAGAGAGAAAGAAGGAGGGAGAGGAAAGUGUUAUUGUUACUUCUUUUUAACAUGGUUUCAGAUGUUAUAAUUCUGUGAAGUACAAUUUACAGAGAUUUUCAUUCUCGAAAAAGCUUCUGUGCGUCUCUUUGAAACGUAACGAUUUUAUUUACUUGGUAUAAUAUCACCUUGUGUUUUUGCCACUGAUGUACGUGCCAUUGUUUUGGUUUUUUCUUUGUAUGAAGAGAAAAAUUGUUUUAUUUUCAGUACUGCUUCUGUAAUUUUUGCCGUCUCAGAUCCAGAAAAAAGAAAAAACACAAGAGAGGAACCAAGAAAGUUAAAAAAAAAAAAAAAAGGUAAAGCAGUGAGGCCUUAAGUGACUAAAAGUAUUGUUUGUACUUUGACUUUCUGGUCAGCAUCCAGGCUCAUCCGUCUCUGUUGUCUCAGACUCUGAUCAUUGACUAUUACAUUCCAAAGAAUUGGAUCAAAUAAAUGUUUUAAGUAAAA